AUGAGUAUCGUCGCUACAGCUUCACCUGGAUCACAGCGAAUGUCUUCGAACACAGCCUCAUACCAGUUUACCCCUCCGCAUAAUCCCUCAGUGUUGCCCCAGUCUCCUCGUUCUCCGGUCAGGAGCCCGACAUUUCCCCUUCUCUACUCGAACCAUGCUGCCAAUUCCAGUGUCCCAAGCCUCUACUCUCCUGCCACCGUCAGAUAUUCAUUUUACCCGCCGACCAAGCAUGGCAGGGCCUCGCCACAAGACCAGCAGCCAAUGCAGGUCUUUACAAAUCGACUCCCGGACGAGGUCUAUGAAUGCAUCCUGUCCCAUCUCUGGUCAUUACACGUCAGCUCUUGUACCGAAGGUUGCUUGACUUGUUACAUGCGAGAUCUGUAUUCCCUAAGUCUGACUGAUAGAGCGUGGGAAAAGGCAGUCAGAGGUAAACUAUAUAACAAAAUCCAUCUUCAUGGUAGCGACUCACCGGGCCCGCUGAAGAAAUACAAAUGGAAACGUGGCAGUCGAUUGAGACUUCUCAGACGAACAUUGAGAGAAAGAAAGGCCCUGGCAAACAUGGUCUUUGAACUCAGGGUACCAGAGCUAGAUGCUCCCCUGAUGACAGGCAAACAACAUCUUGUCCUCCAAGAGUAUCGCGACCUGGUUGCCUCUGUUGUCAUGGUCUGUCCCAAUCUCGAGCGCCUGCUUGGCCUCUCGAUACCAUAUUACCAUGAGUUUGACCGUCUUACUCAUGCGUUAUCCACAAGGAAAAAACUCAAGGAACACGCUUGGAUUAUUGGCCCAAAUGCAGAGGUGACUGAACGGUCACAGAGUAAGGCCACUGAAGUACUGGACCAAGCCCAGGUAUACCAAUUUCUCAGUCAUCACACCUCGUGGUCGAAACUCGAGUCAAUGGUGUUGCAUUCCAUGGACUCGAAGGGCAUACUGGAACACGGUGUGUUUAUACGGAUGUUCAACUUCCUGCCUGCUUUACAGAAUUUAUCCGUUUCAGGAUUUGAAGCAGACAAUUUCACUGAUAGAACAUUACUCUUUCUACCUACCUUGACGUCUCUUCGACUGGAGGGACUUCAGGGAGUCACAGAAAAUGGACUAGCGCGAUAUGUGGGCAGACCAGAGGCAAGGGGGCUAAAGUCUCUGGCCCUGAUAGAGCAGAACAUAUCUUCUCUUUUGAUCUUGUCCAAGAUCCUUGCUUCCCUUGGUUGUCUUGAGCGCUUCACUAUAGUUCAAUCAUCGGUUGUCCCAUCGUUACCGGAAGGGGGAAUGGUGUUCCAACCACUCCUUGCUUCAGCAACCCUGAAACACCUACACUGGGAUGUUGCCUGUCCGAAUGGCGCCGAUGCACUAAACCAGAUCGAUACCGUGCCAUUCUCCAAGGUCCUGAAUACAGCAAACACUCCCAAUUCACAUCUGGCGCAGAGUAUUUUACAUGUUGGUUUCCCUUCUCUCGAGCGCCUUCGAGCGCCACUUGAUAUAGAUCCAUUGGGAGCACUCCAGAACGUUUGUCGGCCAUCCAAAAACGGAUUGAUCAUGGUCCCUGCGGAUCGCCACAACCUUCCCCGGAGUUCCCACGGAUCGCUUCCCAAACGGCCCCUUGCAAUUCCAGCGGGGAAUAACCUGUCCUCAGCGCGUAUACGAUCUCAGGCACUUAUCGAUAUAGCUGCAAAGGAAAAUGAUGAAGGCGUGAAAGUCAUCAUCACAGACCACUCAGAGGACUUUCUAACCCCCAAUGUCGUUAUUCAACCUGGAUACGUUAGCUCUGAAGCAAUUUUAGCUCUCAAUGAUGGUAAAGCGCAGACACCUGCUCUCAAGAUCCUUGAGUUUCUGAUACCCGCCUGCGUGGGCAGGGUGGGCAUAUCGAACAAAAGCAAUACGACUGCUCUAACCCCACGAUUUACUUUACAACCUGAUAUACCAAACUCAGAUGCAGAUGGUGGUCUAAUAAGCCACAAACACCUCUUUGCAGCAAACCAAACUUCCCUCUUCGCUAGCUGCUCUCCCUCUUCCACUCACCCUGCUAUACCUACCGCAUCACAACAUUCGAAAAGAACCAAUACAAAUUCUAGUUUCAGUGACGAGAUAUCCUCUCCAUCUACCGCUACCACCACAACCUCCUCAUCCUCUCGUUUCUCUGUCUGGGGUGGCUCAUAUGCACGAAGUAACCACAGCAACUCCAAAUCCACCAGCUCCAACCCUCCCAUGCCACCAAAAACGCCAACAUCACCCACCAAAGGUACCUCAUGGCCAGCUACCGGUUGCAAUGGAGAUCAACCGUUCUGGGCCAGGGAUACAUGCAAUGGGUCAUGGAACCAAGGCCAUAAGUACGGGAAGGAGUGGUGGAGUCACGCUGAACGAGAACGCAAUAUUGGAGGUAUCAAGAAAUCCAAUACUUCAGCCGCAUUGCUCGGCGUCAGUGAUAUCUUCCGUUGA